UGGCUUGAAUGCUGGAGUCGGGCUGAUUCGGGCCAUGUUCAAGCCGCACGGAAGUGCUUAUGACACGUGCUCUCUACGUUUUUCAACCACGACUGAUUGUCAGAUGUGUGUCUAGACAUGCGUCAGGUGUAGUGUCGAAAGAAAUCGCUCCAAGUCCACUGGGAAGGAAGUCGAAAAGGAUUCGCCGUCCGACUGCGUGUCCCCUCGUUGAAUCGCGUUGCGACGCUCGACCCAAUUUCAAUCCCGAUUUGCUGCGCGUCGAUAAAAUGCCGGAGGUGGUGCGUACGACCGGGGACAAUGAGGGUUGUCGGGUCGAAUAUCUGGACACUCCCGUCACGUCGGAGAACGACAAGAAGGAAUACAAAGUCAUCAAAUUACCAAAUGGUUUAACAGCUUUGCUAAUAUCCGAUAUGCAUUCAAAGAGUUCUGGUAAAGAAAACGAUGAUGAUGAUGAUGAGGAUGAAGAAUCUACUGAAGACGAAACCGAGGAUGAGGACAGUAACGAAGAGGAUGAGGAUGAUGAGGACGACGAGAAUGAUGUUAGCGAUGAGUACGACGAGGAAGACACCUCACUCAAGCGAGUUAGGAGAGACGAGAAGAAGGCGGCAUGUGGCUUGUGUGUCGGAGUAGGCAGUUUCAGUGAUCCAUCGAUAGUUCCAGGCAUGGCGCAUUUCCUCGAGCACAUGGUUUUCAUGGGAUCUGAAAAGUAUCCACAAGAGAACGAUUUUGAUGCAUUUAUUAGUAAGCGUGGCGGCUUUACCAAUGCCUCGACUGACUGCGAGCAUACAACAUUUUACUUUGACAUACAAGAGAGACACUUGCAAUCGGCUCUCGAUCGUUUCGCUCAAUUUUUCAUUAAGCCGCUGAUGAAGAAAGAUGCCAUUACACGAGAGCGAGAGGCGGUGGAAAGCGAAUUUCAGUUGGCCUUACCUUGUGACGAGAAUAGAAAGGAACAGUUGUUCUCGUCCUUCGCACGAACUGGUCAUCCAGCCAACAAGUUCAUUUGGGGCAAUUUAGUAACGUUGCGCGAUAACGUGGAUGACGACAAAUUAUACGAAGAGCUACACAAAUUCCGAGAACGCCAUUACAGUGCUCAUAGAAUGACGUUAGCUAUACAGGCGAGACUGCCGUUGGAUGUAUUGGAACAAUAUGUCGUAUCGUGCUUUGCUGAUGUACCAAGUAAUUGGUUGCCUCCCGAUGAUUUUACCGAGUUUAAAGGCGGUGUUUCUUUUGAUACUCCCGCCUUCCGAAAAAUGUAUAAAGUUAAGCCUUUCAAAGAUGUCAGCCAACUGGAAGUAACAUGGACAAUGCCUUCGCUACUUGAUCUCUAUAAAAGUAAGCCGCAUCAAUAUAUCUCAUGGAUUAUUGGACACGAAGGAAAAGGUUCCUUAAUUAGUUAUCUACGCAAGAAGAUGUGGAGCCUCGAUAUGUUCAGUGGUAACAGUGAAAGCGGUUUCGAACACAGCUCCAUGUACGCCUUGUUCAAGCUUACUGUAGUACUCUCGUAUGAAGGACAGCAACACCUAGAGGAAGUUCUAGAUGCGAUAUUCUCCUUUAUCAAUUUAGUGAAAAAGGAGGGUCCGCAGAAAAGAAUUUACGAUGAGAUCUACAAGAUUGAAGAAAAUAAUUUUAGAUUUGCUGAUGAGGAGGAUCCAGCGGAUUAUGUGGAAGAUUUGUGUGAGAGCAUGCAUUUUUAUCCGCCACGCGAUUAUAUAACUGGAAACGAGCUUUAUUUCGAAUACGAUCCAGAAGCUAUACAAAAGUAUUUAAAUUAUCUGGUACCGGAGAACGCGAACAUCAUGAUCUUCAACGAAGAUUUUGACAGUCUUGAGUUGAAUAAAGUCGAACCCUGGUUCAAAACUAAAUACACAGACAUCGAGAUACCAAAGGAAUGGGUCGAACGCUGGAAAUCCAUUGAACCAUUGCCAGAUUUUCAUUUACCAUUACAGAAUACAUUCCUUAUCAGCGACUUCUCCCUAAUACCGAUACCGGAUGGAGUUCCAAAAUAUCCUGUGAAGUUACACAGUGAUCAUAUAUCAGAAAUUUGGUAUCGUCCGGAUUCCAAGUUUCGUUUGCCAGAAUGUUACAUGAAUUUCCAAUUUAUUUCCACUCUCGGAUUUCAGUCGCCGAAGAAUCGAGCCCUCAUGGAAAUGUACUGCAAUGUAUUAAAACUGUUAUUGAUCGAAGAAUUAUAUCCAGCUAUAGCGGCCGGGUUUGAUUAUAAUAUCAGUACUAGUGACAAAGGUAUUAUGAUAAAAAUGGAUGGGUUUAACGAAAAACUGCCACUCUUAUUAACGGCUAUUGCAAAAUACAUGGUGGACUAUCCAACCCUCGUUACGAAGGACUUGUUUGAAAUUGUCAAAGUGCAGCAGCUUAAGACAUAUUACAACACAUUUAUAAAACCUGGGAAACUCGUCAAGGACGUGAGAUUAUGGAUAUUAAAAUUUGUUCAUUAUACGUACGUUGACGUUCAUACUGCUCUACGUGGUAUCAAUUUUGAAGAAUUCCGAGACUUUGUGAAGACCUUUACCGAUCAUAUGUACAUUCAGUGCCUCGUGCAGGGCAACAUGACGCAGGACACUGCGAUCGAAAGUAUACGACAGUGCAUCGAAAUAAUUAAUUGCGGCCCCCUGCUCUCUAGUACGAUGCCGCAAAUGAGAGUCACUCAGAUACCCUUGGGAACGUGGUAUUGCAAGUUAAAAAAUAUCAACAAAAUCGAUGCAAAUUCCGUAGUGACAAAUUAUUAUCAAGCCGGUGUCACGUCAAUUGAAUUGUCGGUGCUAAUUGAUCUGAUGAUCAUGAUAAUGGAAGAACCGUUGUUCAAUCGGUUAAGAACCCAAGAACAGCUUGGUUACGAUGUUUCCUGCACCCUUAGAGAUAUCAAUGGAAUUUUGGGAUAUUCCAUUACCGUUCACACUCAAGCAGAUAAAUACACAACCGAGCACGUGGACCAGCGGAUCGAGGAAUUUUUGAAAUCGUUUAAUAAAAUUUUGGAAAAGUUCUCAGAAGAGGAAUUGGAUGAGGUCAAGGAGGCACUAAGAAAACUGAAGCAAUGUGCCGAUAUCGAUUUGGAAGAAGAAGUUAACAGAAAUUGGGCUGAGAUCACGAGGUGGCAAUACAUGUUUGACAGACUCGAGAGAGAAGUGCUUGCAAUAAAAGACAUAAAAAUCAAUGAACUGAGAGAAUGGUCCGUGAAGCACACAAUGAACGGAAAUAACUUUAGAAAAUUGAGCGUGCACGUGGUAGGAGCUGAUCCGAAACAAAAGGAAGUUAAUGAAGAAAACGAUAAUGCAGAGGAUCGCAAAAAGGCUCAGUACUUCUCUUUGGAAUAUAUAAUUGACGAUAAACAGCAUAAGGAAGAGCAGGCGCAUUAUGUCACUAACGUAGAAGACUACAAGAAGGAUCUGUACGUCUAUCCAGUGAGUGAGGGGGUUAAUCCUCUCAGAGCGCUAAGUAAAUGAUACUUUAAUAAUAAUAGCGUAAUGAUAAUAAAAUGAUAAAUCGUAUUGCCUUAUGCUAAUAAGGUAGUUUUUUUAUUUAUUGAAUGCUAACAUUUAAUACUAACCCUCACAUAAUAACAACAAUAAAUCGAGACAUUGCAAUCAUCUUUUCAUGUAACACUAGACUUAUUACCUCUUUAUAUUCCUUUCGAUAAACUAUAUUAUAAUAACUGAUAUUGUUAAGGAUAAUCUACACAUCGCAACAUGGAAUAUUCAAAAUUAAUAAAAUAAAAAUGUUAUACACAAGCGAGACAUAAUUGUGAAAAAUGCAUCAACUUCAACAUUAAAUGUAUGGUAUAAGUAGACAAAAGUUUGCGAUAUUGAAUAAAUAUAAAUGAAAAUUCUUGAAUGCAGAGAUUUGUUAGGAUAAGAUGGUCUCUCCCGAAUUAAAAGGAACAACUUGCGAAUUUCUUCUUAAUAUUCAUUUCACUGAACAUACGAAGUGAAACAUAAAAUAUGAGCUACGAAACAAAUGCAUAAUGAAACAGGUACAGCAAGAAGGAAAAAUUUCCGAAUUUUAAACAAGUUCGGAGAGAAAUUACGCGUGAGGUAUAGAAUAAAGCAUACACUGCUAACUAUAAAAGUAGAGACAGUUGAAUCCUAGAAGAGUGAUAGAACUCAAAAAGGGGUCAAAGGAAGAUUCCGAAAAGUAAAAUUGACGAUGCACGAAAGAAUGACGGUGAAAGUGGAUUUGAUAAAUUAAAAGGAACUUUAAUAAAGUCCUUGAAAGAUAAAUAAGAUUCUUCACAUUGAUAUCGCGCAAUGGAGCAGAUUACAGGCAGAUAAAAUGAAAACGUAAGUACAAUAACCGCGUGAAAAUAGCAAUAAAAUAAAAGGAUGCACACAUCAGGGGAAGUAAAGUACUCGAUGGGUAUGUAAUUUUUUCAUAUUCUUUUAAUUGUAUUCAAGACAUGACAACACGUUUUCAAUAAAUCAUUAAACUUCCGAAAA